CUCCUCUGUCUAUCCUCUUUGGUAUUUUCCUCUGCUGGCCUGCCUGUCUGCCUGCCUAACCAGUCUCCUCGUUUCAAAUUUGUUUCAUUCAAAAGAAAAAAAUCAGAUCCUCAGAAUGUCUUUCAGGACCUCCUCAAGCAGCAGUUUCAGGAGUUCAUCUGCCCCAAGGAGCUUCAGCAGCAGCUCCUAUGCAGGACCAGGUGGAGUCACCUCCCGCAAGUCCUUCACAGUCAAGAGCUCCUAUGGAGGUGCUGCUGGCAGCGGCUUUGGAGGAGCAGGAGGCAUGGGCAUGGGCUUUGGAGGAGCUGGCAUAACCAGGAGCUCUGCGUACAGCGUGAGUUCCAGCAUGGGUGGUCCAGGAAGCAUGAGCUUCGGCAGCAGCAUGCCCGUCCAUACCCCCAUCAGUGCCGUGACGGUGAACAAGAGCCUGCUGGCCCCCCUCAACCUUGAGAUUGACCCCACAAUUCAAGUGGUCCGCACCCAGGAGAAAGAGCAGAUCAAGAGCCUCAACAACCGCUUUGCCUCCUUCAUUGACAAGGUCCGCUUCCUGGAGCAGCAGAAUAAAAUGCUGGAGACCAAAUGGAACCUGCUGCAGGGCCAGACCACCACCCGCUCCAACAUCGACGCCAUGUUCGAGGCCUACAUCACCAACCUCCGUCGUCAGCUGGACAGCCUGGGCAACGACAAGAUCAAGCUGGAGGCCGACCUGCACAACAUGCAGGGCCUGGUGGAGGACUUCAAGAACAAGUAUGAAGACGAGAUCAACAAGCGCACAGAGUGCGAGAACGACUUUGUUCUCAUCAAGAAGGAUGUGGAUGAGGCCUACAUGAAUAAGGUUGAGCUGGAGGCCAAGCUGGAGAGCCUGACAGACGAGAUCAACUUCCUCAGAUCGAUCUACGAGGAGGAACUGCGUGAGCUCCAGGGACAGAUCAAGGACACUUCGGUCAUUGUGGAAAUGGACAACAGCCGCAACCUGGACAUGGACUCCAUUGUGGCUGAAGUCAAGGCGCAGUACGAGGACAUCGCCAACCGCACCCGUGCUGAGGCUGAGACGUGGUACAAGACCAAGUAUGAAGAGAUGCAGACGUCCGCCAGCAGAUACGGCGAUGACCUGAGAUCAACCAGAACAGAAAUCGCAGACCUCAACCGUAUGAUCCAGAGACUCACAUCAGAGAUCGAUGCCGUCAAAGGACAGCGUGGAAACCUGGAGGCCCAGAUUGCUGAGGCUGAGGAGCGCGGCGAGAUGGCAGUGAAGGACGCCAAGGCCCGCAUCAAGGACCUGGAAGACGCCCUGCAGAGAGCCAAGCAGGACAUGGCCAGACAGAUCAGGGAAUACCAGGACCUGAUGAACGUCAAGCUGGCGCUCGACAUCGAGAUCGCCACCUACAGGAAGCUGCUGGAGGGAGAGGAGGACAGGCUGGCGAACGGCAUCAAGGCUAUCAACAUCUCCCAACAGAGCACAAGUUACAGUGGGUUCCCCGCCGACAGUCUGAAGAGCAGCUACUCCAGCGGCUACUCCAGCGGAUACGGCAGCGGUUACGGCAGCGGCUUGGGCGGUUACGGCGGCGGUUACAGCAGCGGCGGCUUCAGUAGCAGCAGCGGCAGCGCCGGGGGCUACAACACCACCACCCAGACCAAGAAGAACGUCGUCAUUAAAAUGAUCGAGACCAAGGAUGGCCGAGUGGUGUCCGAGUCCUCCGACAUCAUCGAGGAUUGAGCUGCUUAGUUUAGAGGUGCAGCUACCUGUCCUCCGUCUCUCUGGUAGUCCUUGUUCUCACAGCUCACACAUCUAAAACGUCGUAAUAAACAAGUAAAAUGCUUCCCAUCAUCCACUCUCUGAAAGAGCACAAGCAUGUUUGUCAUGAAGCAACAAAUUAUCCUGACACUACCAAAGAUCUGAAAGGGACCAAAGAACUCAUUCUGUAUGUCUGAUGUCUGUUUAUACUAAAAUAAAUGUAGUUUUGCAACAGAAUUAGUUUAAAACUAAGCAAACUGCAAGCAGAAAACAACAAAAGAAGUUGUUUAUGAAGUCUAUGCAACUGUUAAAACAUACAUGAAGGGUCGUUGUGUUGCAUUGAAAGGACAGUGACCGUGUAAAAAGAAAUGUGAAUGUACUGAAACAGCUCCAGUGUUGUUGUCUUUAAAUUUCCUGCUCCAGUAGCUAGUGCAUGUCUUCCCAGAGCGUUUCCUGUCACUGAAAAUGUCGGAGCCCGUAGAUGGCUGUCUGUGUCACACUGUUGUCCUGAGGUGCUGUUUUUGCUACCAACCUGAAUAAAAACGUGUUUACUGAACGACUAAA